AUGCAGACCUCUCUUGUUUGGCUGGCUCUUGCCAGCUCUACUUUGGGAGCUGCGGUUGGAGGACCUAAAGAUGAGAAACGCACUAUUCCCCAAUUAGGCGGCUUCCCCGGCUUCCCGGCUCAACUGCCUCAAGCCCCGAAUCAGCCGCCUGUCAAGAUUCCUCAGACACCCCAAAAACCAAACUGGUUCCCUCAAAAGCCCAACUGGCCCCCUCAAAAGCCUUGCAUCGACUGCCCUCAGAUUCCCUGCAUCGACUGCGAGAUCCCGAAGCCUAAGCCUCCUGUCAUCAAGCCUCCGGUGCCCGAUUGCCCUGACUGCGAGGGCCCGAAGCCCCCAAAGCCGCCUGUCAUCAAGCCUCCGGUGCCCGAUUGCCCUGACUGCGAGGGCCCGAAGCCCCCCAAGCCGCCAGUGGUGAUUCCCAAGCCCCCCAAGCCGACCACCCCCGACGAAGAUUGUGAGACGGACCUUCCAGAGCCAAGCUGCACAGAUUGUCCCCCAAUCAAGACGCCUAUUUGGCCUAAACCCUCUGGACCUAAGCCAACUGGAUCUAAACCGCCAUUUCCAACUCCCCCGGGAACCAAGCCCCCUCAGCAGACGACCACUGACGAAGAUUGUGAGACGGACCUUCCAGAGCCAAGCUGCACAGAUUGUCCCCCAACCAAGACGCCUAUUUGGCCUAAACCCUCUGGACCUAAGCCAACUGGAUCUAAACCUCCAGUUCCCACUCCCUCGGGAACUAAGCCCCCUCAGCAGACUACGACGGACCUUCCAAAACCGAGCUGUUCUAACUGCCCUCCAGUACCAAGCUGCCCUCCAUGCCCUCCUGGAACCAGUUGUCCCCCAUGUCCUCCAGCGCCUAGCUGCCCCGGCUGCCCUCCAGUGCCAAGCUGCCCUCCCUGCCCUCCUGGAGCCAGUUGCCCUCCAUGUCCUCCAGCAACGACUUGCUCGAGCUGCUCUCCGACUCCCUCUAUGACAAAUCCAACUGGGCCCAAGCCGACUGGUCCUACUCCCACUUGGCCUAAACCCUCUAACUCCACAACUCCUGCUCCAAAGCCCUCAACUGAGUGCAUCACGAAGACGAUCACUUCCGUCUAUACUACCACGAGUUGUCCAGUUACCACUGAGACGAAGACGAAGGGAACGGUAAUCUACACGACUGUCAAGACCCAGACCGUCACUCUUCCUUGCACCGAAACAACCGUUGUCGUCAUUACGUCCACUCAUCCGCCUGUGCCACCAACGCCAACCCCUCAACCAUCUAAGCCAGUCCCUGAGCACCCCAAACCUUCGCACCCGUCUCCUGAGCACCCCAAGCCUUCGAACCCAGCUCCCGAGCACCCCAAGCCUUCGAACCCAGCUCCCGAGCACCCCAAGCCUUCGAACCCAGCUCCCGAGCACCCCAAGCCUUCGAACCCGUCUCCUGAGCACCCCAAGCCUUCGAACCCGUCUCCUGAGCACCCCAAGCCAUCGAACCCAGCUCCCGAGCACCCCAAGCCUUCGAACCCAGCUCCCGAGCACCCCAAGCCUUCGAACCCGUCUCCUGAGCACCCCAAGCCUUCGAACCCAGCUCCUGAGCACCCCAAGCCUUCGAACCCAGCUCCUGAGCACCCCAAGCCUUCGAACCCGGCUCCUGGACACCCUCAACCAUCCAACCCAGCUCCCCAGCAACCUCAGCCAUCCAUGCCAGUUCCCCAACAGCCUCAGCCACCCAAGCCAACUCCUGAGCAACCCAAGCCUUCGCACCCGGCUCCUGGACACCCUCAACCAUCCAACCCAGCUCCACAGCAACCUCAGCCAUCCAUGCCAGUUCCCCAACAGCCUCAGCCAUCUGUGCCGGCUCCCCAACAGCCUCAGCCAUCUGUGCCGGCUCCCCAACAGCCUCAGCCAUCUGUGCCGGCUCCCCAACAGCCUCAGCCAUCUGUGCCGGGUCCUCAGCAGCCUCAGCCUUCGAAACCAGCUCCUGUUAACCCUCCACCAUCUAACCCUCCGGCAACUCCUCCACAAUCAGGUGUGAACCCUCAGCAGCCAACCCGGCCAGGUACACCCACAGGAUCGUCACCACCGAUCUUCACUGGUGCUGCCACUCGUGUUGAAGGUGGAAUAUCUGCUCUCCUUGCCAUGGCUGUCAUUGCCGUACUGGCAUAA